AUGUCAACAGAAGGCAGUGGAGAGACACCUUCGAUUGUACCAAGUUUGCCGGGGGUACCAGAGCAGACUUAUCUUUUUCCAAAGGUAAAAGGACAUUCCCGAUCUAUAAGCCAUGGAGGAACUCCCAUAUUGGCUGGGAAUCCAGCGAGGCCCCCGCUCAAAUCGGCUAUGCGUGGCCAUCAGCGUGCCCUGUCCCAUGGACAGAUUGGCGAAGGAGCCCGACCUUCCUCUGGGCCUGGCCACAGCCGCACCGGUAGUAGGACUGAAUUCAUAUUGCCCCCAGGCCACAGAGAUACUGCACCUGUUAGUGCCCAACCACGCCUGUCAUCAGUUCGAGGCCAUUCCCGACAGGCGUCUCGGUCCGACUCAAUUUAUACCUUACGACGUGCAUCUGUGGUACCUCGAUGGCAACGUGCAGUAUUUUGGCUUAUGCGGAGGCAGCAACCAGCCAUUGACAACAGACAUCUUAUUGUCAUACCUAACCAUCUUAUUCCUGAUAAGACACCUCCUAAAGAUCACCCCAAUGGUCAUAGAUGCAAUAACAAAAUCAGGACAACAAAAUACACCUUACUAUCAUUUUUACCAAAAAACUUGUUUGAACAAUUCCAUCGGAUUGCAAAUGUGUAUUUUAUAUUCAUAGUGCUUCUGAACUGGGUGCCAGCUGUAAAUGCAUUUGGCAAGGAAGUAGCUAUGCUACCAGUGUUAUUUGUGCUAACAGUGACUGCUAUCAAGGACCUUUUUGAGGAUCGCAGAAGACAUAAGUCAGAUAAAAGAAUCAACAAUUCUUUUUGCAGAGUGUAUAACAAGUAA